CCUAAGGCCAACCCAUCAGCUUACCAUCAACCCUAUUAUCUAAGGCCUUUGAAGACCCACUCAAUUAGAACUGCUUGCAGUGGUGGCUGAUUUACCACUAACCUUACAUCAUUAAGCUUCUUUUAGUCUUGACACGAGCCGCGUGCUCGACCCUUUCAAACAUCAACAUCCAACUGUUCCACCGCAUCCACCCGCCACAUUUCCACAGCAAUCUAAAUCUAAAUCAUUACAGCAUACAGCAUACAACAUACAACAUCAUUCGAGAGAGCCGAAUCCCCUUCUUGACUCCCUUCCCAUUGGAUACAUCAUACAGCGGACACAGCGGAUACAGCCGUCAGCAUGGCUGCACCCAGAGUCAAGGCCGAGCAGGGCAUCAAGCCUGAGCCUAGCAUCAAGUCCGAAGCUGAUGAUGUUGGCCCUUCCCCCGGAGCUAUGUCGGAAGAUGACAUCUACGAAGAUGCCGGAGAUCUUGAGUUCUACGACCCGAACGAUAUGGAAGAUGGGGCCGUUUACUUGACCCACGUACCAAAAUAUCUUUACGAUGCCUGGGCGAACAUGGAUGACAAUGACGAAAUCAGAAUCGGUACUCUACGCCAGUGGUCAGAGGUCGGUCCAAAUGGAGAAUCAAAGCCACGUAUAGCUAUCCUGUUGGACCAUAAACUUGCACCCCAUCAGCAGAUCCCCAAAGAAUACAAUCUGGAGGUUAAGGAUAUGAGCCUGAUCAAUACAUUCCUAUUCACUGAGCAAGAUCUGCCUGGAUACAAAUCGAAGGCUCAAGGAGCCAAUAGCGAUAUUCCUUCAUACCUCCGUCCGAAACCAGAGCGCCCCCAGCAAACCGCGCCGCCGGAGGGUGAAAAGCGUGGCCGCAAAGCCCGAUAUCAACCCUAUUACAGGAAGGCUAUUCCCAAGAAAACGGUUCUUGCUGGUCGAUUUCGCCACGAGCUGAACUGUCGACCGGCUUGGACAGAAGAGACUAAGCAUUGGCUCAGCAUAAGAAAUAAUGAUGCGAUGAAACCGAAGGCAACCACCACGCUUACCUCUACUGCAAGGCCUACCGGCCUUAUCCAAGCUGGCGCGCAUGUUUCCAACGAUAAAUUUAGCAACUUUGUUCGCACGGGUCCUGAUGUCAAGAAGGGAGCCAAGAAGCAGAAGGAAGAAAAGGCCGCUCGUUUACCAAAGAGCGAGCUGCGCGAUCGCAUCUUCGGCUGCUUCGAGCAAUUCAACUACUGGUCUAUGAAAGCUUUCAAACAACACCUAAACCAGCCGGAGGCUUGGCUACGAGAGAACUUGGAGGAGGUGGCGAUUCUCCACAAGACCGGACGUUUUGCCAAUCACUGGGAACUGAAUUCAGAUCACAAGGGAGGACUCAAUGUCCUUGAAGCCAACGGCGCUGCGCCCGAUACUGCUCCCGAGGAGGACGAAUCGGAGUCCGACGCGGAGAUGGAGGAUGUUCUUCCAUAAUCGGAGUACGGGAGAGAGUUCCGUCGGGAAACAUGGGUGACUAAAGGCCGUACGGCAAGGAAAAGGAGUUACGGCGUUUUUUACGGUUAUGAUACAUACUCGGGGACCUUGUACCAUAAAUGAUACCCUCGGCAUCGCACAAUCAGGACUGAGGUUUAGUGGUCAGAGUCUGCGCAAGUUCAGACUAUGAAAAUUAUUACUAUUGCGUGACAGACUCCGCAAAGUUUAGAGAGAAAGCAACAUGUUUGUACAUUGAUUGAUACGCGAGGCGGUAAUCUGUUUUUGGUAUUUUGAUAGUUUGGCUUCUAACGUUGUUACGGGCCAGCUUUAGCGAAUAUUGACUCACUUGACAUAUCCAUACUAAGUGAAUUGUUGUAUAUUCUUUCUUGGGCACAUACUGGAAA